AUGGCUUGGUAUAUGAGCAACCUCUUUCGGGAGGAAAUCCAAAGGAUCAAGGCUAAUAAUCAAGACAUCAGCCACAAGGAAGCUUUCAGCAAAACAACAAAAAAUAAACUUAUGCCAUCAAGUUUGGACUAUAGCUCACUCCAAGGGUACUGCAGCUUGCGAAUAAUAAGAGUUGGGACCUACGGCAGCCCCAUCCCAGGUAAUAGAGAAGAAUUAUGGCGUUAUAUGAAAGAUAAGAGUGAUAGUUCUAGCAGACCCUGGGCCCUUGGUGGUAACUUCAAUACCAUAGCCUCAUCGGCUGAUAAAUCUAACUUCAAUAGUAGAGAUGUUAAUAGAUGUCGAAAAUUCCAAGAGCAACUUUAUACAGGUAAAGAAGAGGACCCUAUUAAUCCAGGUUCUCCCAUCUCUUUCCCUACAAUUCCAAGAGAGGAGCUUGAGUUUAUUCAUAGACCAGUGUCUGCAGAUGAAAUUGAAAAAGCUAUGUUUAGCAUUGGCCCGCUGAAAGCUCCUAGCCCGGACGGAUUUCAGGCCAUCUUUUUUCAAAAAAAUUGGGAAAUUGUUAAAGAGGAUUUUAUUUCGAUGGUCAAGGAAGCGGUGGAGAAAGUUAGAGCGUCGAGAGGAGGUCCUGAGAUCUCACAUAUCUUCUUUGCCGAUGAUUUGGUCCUCUUUUCCGAAGCCAAUAUAGAGAAAGUGACAGUGGUUAAAGAGUCCCUUGACGACUUCAGCAAGUGGUCUAGACAAACAGUUAGCUUGGCUAAAUCCAAAAUCUUCAUAACCAAGAAUAUUCUAAGAAGAUUAAUGAGGGCAAUUUGUGAUGCAAGUGGAAUUGCAAAAACUGAUGAUCUGGGUAGAUCCACGCUUAUCCAGUCAGCCUCGGGCCCCAUCCCCUAUUACAUAAUGCAAACAACCCAUAUUCCAAUCGCGAUAUGCGAUGAAAUUGACAAGUUGAACAGAGGUUUCUUGUGGGGAAGCACGCCUAGAAAGAGGAGGGUUCAUUUAAUGAACUAG